AUGCAUCUUUGGUAUUUGAUUUUAUCUGUGGGUUUGGUCUUUGGUGCACAUAUCUUUUUUUUUUUUUUUAACCAUGUCAUCAUCAUACCAGAAGGAAAGAAAGAAGGAGAAAGCAUGUUGGACAUAAAUCGAUUUAGGGAGGAAAAGGGCAACAACCCGGAAAUUAUACGCGAAUCUCAACGUCAACGGUUUGCAGAUGUAGAGAUUGUUGAUGAAAUUAUUCAUCUUGACAAGAAGUUGCGAAAACGUCAAUAUAAGCAUGAGCAGCUGCUCAAAGUCUUUAACAAUAUCAACAAAGAAGUGGCUAAACUUAGCAUUGCCGGGGAAGAUGCAAGUUCCAAGAUUAAAAAUACAGAGGAAAUCAAGGACUCAAUUGCAAAGAAAGGUGCUAAGGUUCAGGAGGCCCGUGCAGCAUUAUAUUCAAAAUUGAGCAUGGUUGGGAACCUUGUGCAUGAUUCAGUUCCUGUUAGCAAUGACAAGGCAAAUAAUGUUGUUGUCCGGACAUGGGGAGUGAAAAGAACGGAGCCAAAACUAAAAAAUCAUGUCGAGCUUAUGGAACUUCUUGGAAUUGCUGAUCUAGAAAAUGGUGCUAAGAUAGCUGGCAAGGGUGGUUUUUGUUUGUUAGGCGAUGGUUUGCAUCUAAAUCUAGCUCUUAUAAAGUUUGGUCUUGAUUUUCUGGAGGAAAGGGGUUUCACAUCAUUACAAACUCCAUCGUUUAUGACGGAAAAUAUAAUGGGAAAGUGCACUCAUUCAGUCCAUUUUGAUAAAGAACUUUACAAGGUGACAGGUGAGGGUGAGGAUAAGUAUCUGAUUGGUACCACUGCACAACCACUUUGUGCUUAUAACAUAGAUGGCCGGGUUCAUCCAACAGAGCUACCAAUAAGACAGGUGGGAUAUUCAACUUGUUUCCGGAAAAAUGCUGGCUCAGAUGGAAUAUUCGAUCCUUCUCAGUGUGAGAAAGUUGAACAGCUGUGCAUCACCAGCCCAAAUGGCAAUGACUCAUGGGACAUGCAUGAGGAGAUGAUAAAAAACUCUGAGGAGUUUUAUCAAAUGUUGAAAUUGCCAUAUCAUAUAGUGUCUGUAGUCUCUGGUGCCCUAAAUAACGCUGCAGCAAAGACGUAUGAUUUGGAAGCAUGGUUUCCUGCUUCUAAUAAUUACAGACAAUUGUUGUCGUGUUCAAACUGCACUGAUUACCAGUCGAGAAAGUUGGAGAUCAAAUUUGGGCAGAAAACGAGCAAUGAACAAAUGAAGCAAUACUGCCAUUUAUUGAAUUGCACACUCACAGAAGCAGAGAAAACCAUGUGUUGCAUUCUUGAGAAUUACCAAAGGGAGGAUGGUGUUGAAGUGCCCAAAGUGUUACAGCCAUAUAUGGGUGGAAAGACGUUCAUGGCUUUUCAAGCUCCUCCUUCUGAUAAAGAAACAAAAGCUACUCAGACUCAGAACAGAAGUUUUGUUCAUCCCACAGAAGGAAAGAAAGAAGGAGAAAGCAUGUUGGACAUAAAUCUAUUUUGGGAGGAAAAGGGCACCAACCCAGAAAUUAUACGCGAAUCUCAACGCCGCAGGUUUAAAAAUGUAGAAAUUGGUGAUGAAAUUAUUCAUUUUGACAAGGAGUGGCGACAACGUCAAACUGAGCUCACACAGUUGCAUCAAGACUUGCACAGGACUGCCGGGGAAGAGGAAACCAAGGACCUAAUUGCAAAGAAAGUUGUAGAGGUUCAGGAAGCCCGUUCAGCAUUAUGUUCAAAAUUGAGCAAGGCUGGAAAUCGUGUGCAUGAUUCAGUUCCUGUUAGCAAUGAUGAGGCAAAUAAUGUUGUUGUCCGGACAUGGGGAGAGAAAAGAACGGAGCCAAAACUAAAAAAUCAUGUCGAGCUUGUGGAGCUUCUUGGAAUUGCUGAUCUAGAAAAAGGUAACAGGUGAGGGAGACGAUAAGUAUCUGAUUGCUACUGCUGAACAACCACUUUGUGCUUAUAACAUAGAUAAAUGGAUUCAUCCACAACAGCUACCAAUAAGGUUACUUUAAUACCCAUUUUACACUUAUAUUUGUAAAAGCAAUUUUCACAAUGUGAGAGGAGUUGAAAGGGAAAGAAACAUUCUCAUACUUUUGGCUUAAACCCAUUAAGUAAAAAAGAAACAUCUAUGUAUUAAGUGCUUAACCUGAUAAGUUAAGCCCAUUAAGUAAAAAAGAAACAUCCUCCCAUAUUCUCUUUUUUGCUGAUUGAUGUUGA